AUGGCGCCUGCUAGAGAUGGGGAUAGUCAGGGAGUCGCACCUUCAGCGGGAAGUAGGCCAUCUUUUGAUCGUACAUGUUACAAUUGUGGUGAACCUGGGCACAUGAGGAGAGAUUGUCCCCACCAACAUGUGUUAUAUUUUGUGCAGCAGCAGUCUAGAGCAGUGGUACCCGCGAUGAAUGUUAAUAAUGGUCGAGGGCAUCCACAAAGUGGGCGAGGAGGUAAUCAGCGAUGCCGUGAAGGUAGAGGAAAUGGUAAUGCAAGUAGGGGUAACAUGCAAUCAGGCAGGGAAGUAGCUCGUCAAGAUGAUAAGGCUCAGUGUUAUGCCUUUCCGGGAAAAAAUAAGGCAGAUGCGUCUGACGCAGUAGUGAAUGUGGAUGGAGUUACUCAAGGAUUAUGA